AUGGCUUACCCACUUGUCACCUACUCCGAUGAUGAAAGUUCCUCCAACUCAUCGGCGCACUCAUUGUUUCUGCCGUCACCCGUCGCACCAUCUCAGGGGGAACGUGGUUUCUCCACUAAUACAUCACUAACAAAUCCACUACCAGACUCCCCUCAGAAAUCCCCCAUGCUUAUUCGCUCAUCAUCUCCACUGCCGGUAUAUGCCUCCGGCAACCCCUUUACCCCUUCGCCAUCGCCUCCUCACUCUGAAACCCCAAUUCUUCUCCACUCGAUUUCUCCACCGCCAUCUCCAGUCGAAACCUCAAUUCCCACUAUCACAACAUCCCCACCUCCACCACCACCUACUAACCCUAAUGACCUAGAUCUUGAAGACAUCCCACUCAGUCAGCUUCAUCCCAAGAUCCCUCGGCGAACACGAAAACAUAUUUCCUUCAAAAGGACUCAUAUUCGCAUCCUAUUAGCUCGCAGUGCAAGUCAAGCUCAACUGAAGGAAGCCUCCGAAUCUAGUAAGAAGCGAAGACGAACUGGUAAGUCUUCAGUUCCUCCCCGUGUCUCACCUGUACUUCUUGACUCUGAGACUAAAGCAGUCUUGAGUCCUCACCUGUUGUCCCCUCCUCUCAAGCCACCAAAAUGA